AUGAGUCUAUCCGCGAGAUUGGCUUACCGGGCCACGAUAAGGUGUGGUGCAAGUUCAAGGCCUGCUCUGAGAUUUGCGCCCAGACAUACGACACCGACAGCAUAUUCACGAAAUCUCUUCUUCACAAAGACGCGAUCAUGGCAAGAGAAUAAGGAGCAGCAAAAGCAUUUGGACGAGAAGAGUCCCAAAACGCAACCUCCGUCAUCACAAGAUGUUACGCCCUCACGACCCGCCGAAGUGCUCCACGAAGAUAUCUACACGCUGCCCAAUAUUCUGACCUUCACACGUCUCGCUGCCGCCCCGGUCAUUGGAUACCUGGUUUUGCACGAUCAACAUGCGUGGGCAGUCGGUCUCUUCGCAUAUGCAGGCAUUACAGAUUUGCUUGACGGAUGGAUUGCCCGACGCUGGGAUAGCAAGACUGUCGUGGGCACAGUGAUUGACCCCAUGGCCGACAAGAUGCUCAUGACCAUCUUGACUAUCUGUCUUGCUGCCAAGGGUGCUCUACCCAUCUGGUGCGCUGGGAUUAUCCUCGGCCGCGAUGUCGGUCUUGCCAUCUCUGCAAUCUACUAUCGCUGGAUCUCAUUACCGCCGCCUAAGACAUUUGCCCGAUACUGGGACUUUUCACUUCCCUCGGCUGAAGUACGCCCCACGACAAUCAGCAAGUACAACACAUUCUUGCAGCUUGCUCUGGUCGGAGUCACUACCGCUGCACCCAUUAUGACCGCAGACUUGACAUCUGCAUUGACGAUCAUGCAAUAUGUUGUCUCUGCCACUACCAUCUGGAGCGGAGCGAGCUACAUUUACACAAAGGAUGCUGUCAAAAUUCUUAAUAAACAAACACCAAAAAAGCCAUAG